AUGAAGGCUACUUUCAUCACCCUCGCUGUUGCUGGCCUCGUCGCCGCUCAGAACCUGGAAGGCAUCGACCCCUGCGUUAAAUCCUGCAUUGAGACUGGACUCAAAUCAGCCUGCGCUGGUAGCGCCGACAUCGCAAAAUGCGCCUGUGAACCCGACACCCAGAGCAAGCUCAUCGGCCCCGUCAGCCAGUGCGCCGUAACCAACAAGUGCAGCACCGAUGCACUUAUCAAGGCUCAGUCCAUCGCUUCCGAGCGGUGCAAGGCCGAUGCGUCCAGCUCGUCCUCGGAAUCUGGCUCCGCCACCGGAUCCCACUCUAGCUCUGCUUCUGCCACAGCCUCUUCAACGGGCGUGGCCCCUGUCUUGACCACUGGUACAGGUGGUGCUCCCACUCACAGCAGGAACCAGACGGGUACUGCCACCAGUGGAGGUACCGGCACCACCAGGGCUCCUACCAGCACCCAUGGUGGCUCUGGCGCUGCUACCACCGGCUCCGGCACUGCUCCUACAUCCACUGGUGCUGCCGCUGCUGGUCCUGUCAUCGGUGCUCUCGCUGCCGUCCUUGCCGCUGCCUUGGCUCUGUAG